AUGAAAAGCUAUCAUUUGUUCCUAUCGAUUUUUCUACUGAUCCCCAUCAUCGGAUCAGAUGCCUUUUUGGUCCCAAAGGAAACCUUCGAACAAUGCGGAAUGGAUGAGACCCUUGGAGUGAUUAUGUGUAUUGCGCCAGUCACAACUCUUUUCCAAAACCAACUCAACCUUCAAAACAUCACAAGAGCCCGUGGAAUCAGAAUUGCUAAUGAGUGCAGAAAUGCUACUACCUGCCUCCGCGCAUUCCCUUGCGUGACCAAAGUCCAAAUGGACAAGGUCUUCAACUUGCUGUGUGACGCCAUCUCUUAUUUCUCCACUGACUUUGCCUCUUGCCAGAAGAAACUAGUCGCCCAGAUGCCGCCAUGCAUGCGAGAAGCUGAGAAAAGUGUGAUGAAAAGUGGUGAAAAGGUUGAUCAUCCAUGUGACCUGAUUUCCAAGCAUAAACCUUGUUUUGAAAUUGAGAUCACCAACAUUUGCGGAGAACAGUACUGGACCCCAAUUGACACUAUGCUAGGGAAAUUCCAGAAGUAUCUACAGUCAAGUGUCCAGUGGAGCCGCCUGAAGAAAAGUUUUGAUGCAUAA